AUGUACUCUUCAUACGGUUCUUACAGCUCUUCGGCUUCUUCCAGCCGAUCAUCUUCCUACGGCAGCUCUUACUCCAGCAUCUCGAGGCCGAUGGAUAUCUCUCCGAUCAACAUCUCUUCUUCCGGAGCCGACGCUUCCUGCGCUUUCCCAUCGUGGCCCCGCCGCACCUCGCUCUGCGAAUCCGAGUCUGACUACGAGCGCCCGACUUCCUUCCUUUCCGAUGAGGACUUGAUGGGCGAUGUUUUCGACGACGAUAUUCGCAGCGUUUCCAGCACCGGCAGCUCGCCCAUGCACUCUCCUCCCAAGGCGCCUUUCAUAACUGAGGCCGAGAUCCUCGAGAUGCAGCGCGAGCAGGCCGCUUACCAGCGCGAGAUGGUCAGCCUCCUCGUUAGGGAGAAGGAGAGGCGCAAGGCCCAGGCCAAGCGUCAACGCAGCGCCGGCAAGGCUUCUUCCAAGAAGAGCACCAAGAGCAAGCUCAGCGCCAUGACUCCCAUCGCCGAGUCCGAGUAA